CAGUACUGUUUUAGAGGGCAAUCCAGUGAGUAUGAACUGCAGCAGUAAUGGAUAUCCAGCAGUGGUCAACUACACCUGGUACAGAGUGAAUGGAGGACAGCUUCAACUUCUUCAGACUGGAAAUAAUCUCACCAUCAACGUAACUACUGCUGCACAAAGAGGCCGGUACUACUGUGUGGCUCAAAACAAAUAUGGACAACAAAAUACAUCGAUUUUACUGGAUGUUCUCUUUUCCCCUAAAAACACAUCAAUAUCAGCGAUUCCAUCCAGCACUGUGUUAGAGGGCAAUCCAGUGACUCUGAACUGCAGCAGUGAGGCAAAUCCACCAAACAACUACACCUUGUACAGAGACAUUGGAGGACGGCUUCAACUGAUUCAGAUUAGAUAUAAUUUCUCCUACAGCGUAACAAAUCGCACACAGAGUGGACGGUACUACUGUGUAGCUCAAAACAAGUAUGGACAACAAAACUCAUCCGUUUUACUGGACAUUCAGUACCCCCCUAAUGGCACUUCAAUAUCAGUGUCCCCUUCCAGUACUAUCUUAGAGGGCAAUCCAGUGAGUAUGAACUGCAGCAGUAAUGGAAAUCCAAUGGUCAACUACACCUGGUACAGAGCGAAUGGAGGACAGCUUCAACUUCUUCAGACUGGAAAUAAUCUCACCAUCAACAUAACUACUGCUGCACAAAGAGGCCGGUACUACUGUGUGGCUCAAAACAAAUAUGGACAACAAAAUACAUCGAUUUUACUGGAUGUUCUCUUUUCCCCUAAAAACACAUCAAUAUCAGUGAUGCCAUCCAGCACUGUGUUAGAGGGCAAUCCAGUGACUCUGAACUGCAGCAGUGAGGCAAAUCCACCAAACAACUACACCUUGUACAGAGAAAUUGGAGGACAACUUCAACUGAUUCAGAUUGGAUAUAAUUUCUCCUACAGCGUAACAUAUCGCGCACAGAGCGGACGGUACUACUGUGUAGCUCAAAACAAGUAUGGAAAACAAAACUCAUCAGUUUUACUGGAUAUUCAGUACCCCCCUAACAGCACUUCAAUAUCAGUGACUCCAUCCAAUACUGUGUUAGAGGGCAAUCCAGUGACUCUGAACUGCAGCAGUAAUGGAAAUCCAGUGGUCAACUACACCUGGUACAGAGAGAAUGGAGGACAGCUUCAACAACUUCAGACUGGAAAUACUCUCACCAUCAACGUAACUACUGCUGCACAAAGUGGCCAGUACUACUGUGUGGCUCAAAACAAAUAUGGACAGCAAAAUUCAUCAGUUUUACUGGAUGUUCAGUUUCCACCUAAAACCACAUCAAUAUUAGCGAUUCCAUCCAGCAUCGUGAUAGAGGGCAAUCCAGUGACUUUGAACUGCAGCAGUGAGGCAAAUCCAGCAAACAACUACACCUGGUACAGAGACAACGGAGGACAGCUGCAACUGAUUCAGACUGGAAAUAAUCUCACCAUCAGCGUAACUAAUCCUGAACACAGAGGGUGGUACUACUGUGUAGCUCAAAACAAAUAUGGACAACAAAACUCAUCAGUUUUACUGGAUGUUUUGUUUUCCCCUGAAAACACAUCAAUAUCGGCGAUUCCAUCCAGUAUUGUGUUAGAGGGCAAUCCAGUGACUCUAAACUGCAGCAGUGAUGCAAAUCCAGCACUGAUAAACUACACCUGGUACAAAGAGAAUGGAGGACAGCUUCAACUGCUUCAGACUGAAUAUAAUUUCACCAUCAGCGUAACUAAUCGCACACAGAGUGGGCGGUAUUACUGUGUUGCUGAAAACACCCAAGGACAACAAAAUUCAUCAAUUUUACUGGAUAUUCAGUAUCCCCCUAGCAACACAUCAAUAUUAGCGAUUCCAUCCAGCGCUGUGUUAGAGGGAAAUCCAGUGACCCUGAUUUGCAGCACUGAUGCAAAUCCACCACUGGUUAACUACACCUGGUAUAUAGAUAAUGGAGACCUGAAUGUGCUGCAGACUGGAUAUAUUCUCACCUACAACGUAACUAAUGUUACACAAACUGACGAGUACUACUGUGUGGCCGAAAACAUGUAUGGCCAGGAAAAUUCAUCAGUUUUUCUGGAUAUUCAGUACCCACCUAGAAACACAUCAAUAUCAGUGACUCCAUCCAGUACUGUUUUAGAGGGCAAUCCAGUAACUCUGAACUGCAACACUAAUGCAAAUCCACCACUAGUUAACUACACCUGGUACAGAGACAAUGGAGGGCAGCUUCAACUACUUCAGACUGGAAAUAAUAUCACCAUUACCAUAACUAAUCCUGCACACAGAGGGUGGUAUUACUGUGUAGCACAAAACAUAUAUGGCCAACAAAGCUCAUCAGCUUUUCUGGAUAUUCUGUUUUCCCCUAAAAACACAUCAAUAUCAGCGAUUCCAUCCAGCAUUGUGUUAGAGGCCAGUUCAUUGUCUCUGAUCUGCAGCGCUAAUGCAAAUCCAGCAGUGUUCAGCUACACCUGGUACAGAGACAAUGGAGGACAGCUUCAACUGAUUCAGACUGGAAAUAAUUUCACAAUCAGCGUAACUAAUCGCACACAAAGUGGACGCUACUACUGUCAAGCCCAAAACAAGUAUGGACAACAAAGCUCAUCAGUUUUACUGGAUGUUCAGUAUGCCUCUGAGAUUGCUUUCUCCGUCUGUGACACAACUUCUGGAACUGUGUGUUAUUGUGAGGUUCGUGGGAAUCCCUUUCCUGAAGUAGACUGGUUUAUAACUGGACGUCCUGUCACAAACUCUUCAAACACAUUAAUUCGUGAGGUGCGAGUGAGCAGCACAGGCCUGAAGAGCUACAUCUCUUUAUCCCAAUCACUAAGCGCCACAGACACUCUGCAGUGUCUCAGCACCAAUACUCGUGGCUCUGCCAGUGCACAGUUUCAACUUAUUGCAUCUCAGGGAUCUUCUGGUGGCAGUGGUUCGUCUGUGACACUUGGACUUUUUAUUGGAGCAUUACUAAUGAUCAUCUUGAUCAUUUUAUAUAUCUGUAAAGGAAAAAAAGCUUCGAAGAGUGCAGAUGGUCCCUCAGUAUCAACAGUAGAAAAUGUUACUGGAUUUAAUCUGACUUAGGCUAUUCCGAUGCAGAACAUGGGAGCUGUUUAUGCCAAUACAGCUGUGAUGUCAUCUGCUGGAGACACGGAUUACCCAGAAUCCUCCCAAUAUUCUUCUUUUGACUUUGCAAACCACCAAAGACAGCACACAACUGAGACUUUUAAACCGCUGAAUGAGCAAACAGUAUAGCAAGAGAAAUAUAAUUUGACAUGUUACAGGGUCUGCCCGAGAAAUCUCACUCACACUUGCUAACAAACUCAGCCAGGUAAAGUUUUUGACCAUUAUGCUCAUCAAAUCAAAUAUUGUCAACCAAGGACCUAAGAAAACAAGUCACCUUCAUACCUUAAUUACAAAUAUAUACACUAUGUCACAAUUUAAUUUCAGGUUAGUUGCUUAAAAAGUCUCAAUUUAAAUGUAUUUCAUAUAUUGUCAAACCAAUGCCAGUGCCAAAAAAAGGAAUUCCAAAACGAGGUAACUUCAUAAAAAAUACAUUACAAUAAAACACAAUAAAAACAACAUAAUAAUAAAUAAGUUAUCUCGUUUUGGAACCAAACUCUUUCAAUUUAGUUUGACUUUUACUAAGCAUUAAAGUAAAUGUAAAAUUAAUUGGCUUUACACUUCGUCUUAUAUAUUUUAACAGGAAAAGU